GCCACACUCCAACAUCUGCACUGUCGGUCCUGAAACACGACCUCCAAAUGGAGUAUGGGCAGCGUUAUGUGUACGUGUCGGCCAACAGGGAGAUUUGCCCCGACCUGCCUUAUGUACAGAGACUGUUCCACAAGGUGUGUAGGGAGGAGUAUGGCACGCAAACAGGUCCCACGAUGUUGGCAGCGCUCAAGCUUCAAGUGGAGAGUUACAACAAUAAGUGUAAUGACACCUGUGCUCUCCUGGGAACAACUUCCCAGGGAGCUCCUCUUGUGGUUGUGUGUUCUCCACUCAUGAAGAAAGUGCACCAACUGAAGCACAGUGGGGAGCUGUGCUUCAUAGAUUCCUCAGGGAAUAUGGACAGGGAGAACUGCAGGGUAUUCCUCCUCCUGACCCACAGCUGUGCAGGUGGCCUCCCUCUGGGCAUUCUCCUCUGCCAGUCUGAGGAUGAGCAGACUAUUGCUCAAGGGCUGGAACAGCUCAAACAAGUUGUUGGAGAGAAGGGCUUUGCUGGCAGAGGACACGAAGGGCCACAACUGGUCAUCACAGAUGACUGUAGGGCAGAGAGGGGAGCUCUGGGAAAAGCAUUUCCUAAGGCCACACUUCUCCUGUGCUCCUUCCAUCUGCUACAAGCAGUUUGGAGGUGGCUGUGGAGCAAGGAGAGUGGGGUCACUCACGGAGACAGACCGGCACUUUUUGCCAUUGUAAAAGAGAUGCUUUACUGUCAGGAGAUAGGCAGUGUGGAUAGGCUUUACAGCGAGGCAAGAGGGCAUCCAGUUGUAGCCAGGUAUGAAAAGUUCCUCAGGUACUUGGACCGACUGUACGCCAGAAGAGAGUGUUGGGCCCUCAGUUAUAGAGGCAGUUUCCUCACCAGAGGAAACAAUACCAACAAUUUUGCAGAAGCGGCAAUGCGUGUCCUCAAGGACAAAAUACUGCAGAGGACAAAGGCCUUCAACCUUCCUCAGCUGUUUGAUCUGCUGACCUCGAGGCUGGAGACCUAUUAUGAGGCACGCAUUGUUGAUGUUGCCCUUGGACGCUGGGAAUCAUUCCAGCGAGCAAAAUUCCUCCCCCAAGAUGGCAACAUUGCAGCAUUGCAUAUUCAGCAGGUAAUGGAUAUAACAGCUGAAAAAACAUAA